UCAAAAAAAAUUUAUUUUUAAUACUUAUUCUUUUUACUUCAAUAACGUAUUUAAAAAAAUAAGAACUGACAUAUUUAGCCACGAAGUAUCAUAACGUAUCCUAAAUGUAUCAGUUGCAUAUCCCUGCUUCUUAAAUGUAUCACACGCGUAUCCCCAAUGUAUCCGAAAUUGAAAAGUGUUUUUUAGCCUUGAUGAAGUAUCAGUGCUUCAUAGCAUAAGAGAGAUAUCAGAGUUCCUCAAAAGUGCAUUUGCUUCAAUGACAUAUCGUCAUUUUUUCCAUUCGGAGGUUCUUCAGGAUUUUUAGGAAGUUAGAAUGUGUGGGUACAUGACUUUCAUCUGGUGGAAAGAAGACCAUGGGCAACAAACAAGGGUUCAUCCUUGUGCAAAAGAGAUCCUUUAUUCUUUUCAUUACUUUUGUAGCCCUUAUUUGAUAUAUUCUUCCCAAGAUUAUGGGUUUCCAGAUUUCAAGAAUUUAGUUUCCGAUCUAUUCAAAAGUUCAUCAGAAAGAAAUUUUUAUUCUGAAUCAAGUGGGUGCCUUCUAUAUCUGCCCUACUGUAUUCCAUUUUAUAAGCAAAAGGGUGACCAUUCUCAGGAUUUCCAUUACCUAAUUUGUGAUUCAAAUAAAAAGAAAAUGCCAACCCUAUAGAACAAGACUAUUAUGGGAUCAAUAGCAUGCCUGUUACCAUGAUCUUGCAAAAGUAAAAGGACAAGCUAAAUAGAUCAGGGAAAAAUCAAUCACUGCUCAUGCAUAUCCACAUAUAGAGGUAGCUACCCAAAGCAUUGGGUUAAGGUUCAGAGUACUAAAAGAAAACUCAUUGCAAGCCUCACAU